AUAAUCUUUUGGCAAGCUUUUUCAGGGCAACAAUUUCAGGUCGUUCAAUUGCAUUCGAUAAGACACUGUUCCGCUCCCUUCCCAGUAACGAAGCCUAUGGACGUUGAUGUGUUGGACACAGAAGACGGCAACAACAAUGGCGCUUCCACCGCCAAGAAACCGAAGCAGCGUAAGAGGAAGGAGCACAAGGUGGGCGACGAUGGACACGUGGCGGCGCGAGAGAAGCUGGCGAAGAGAAUCCUGUUGUCGCUGACGAGGCCAUCGUACGUUCUAGGAUUGGGUCCCAAACCUCUGCGGUGGGAACACCGUACGAGGUUGCGGUACCUGCUGCGUAGGCUCGUUAACCAGCAUGAUUGGGUUUCAGCCAGUGGUGUUGUCAGUGCCUACUUGAAGGGAACGCUUAACGACACCUCUCCCUUUGGAAAUCGUCUGAAGUAUUGGGUUUUACUUGAGCUUCUUAAGCAUGUGCAAAACCAUUCUAUUAACACAACAAGGAUUAAGAACCUCUAUGAUAUUUGGUCCAAAAAAAUUGGAUCAAUGAAGACUUGGCCAAUAGAGAGCAGAUAUGCGGUUCAUUUGGAGUUCAUGUUGUUCUGUCUUAUGCAAGGCAAUGGUGGAGAUGCAUACCAGCUUGCUCUAUGUCUUGAGCAAGAAAAGGUUGAUAUUGAUCCUGUGUCAAAGAUGAUGAUGGGUUUGACUUUUUAUGAGUUGUGGUAUUCUUCAAUUCCCAUAGAAUUCCAGUGGAGAAAUUCAGACCAGUUUGAUUUGCUAGAGAAUUCACAUACAGAGGGAACCUCAAAUAGCAAUGAUACUGGACAGUCAGAGUGGCAUAAUACAGUUGAAUCCCACAUGGCUGACUCCCAAUUACGGCAGGAUUCAGAUGCCUCUGUCAUGAAUGAUAAACAGAUAUCUAUGGAUAUUGACUUCAAUGAAGAGAUGGGGGUUUUUAUGGAUGUUGAUGUUAACCAUAAAAUAGAAAAACCACAUCAAAACUUUCAGCCGGAAGGAUUUUACUUGAAUUCUGAGGAUAAAGGAAUCGAAGACCCUUUUUCUGAUGGUGGAGGUCUUACACAGGAUACCUUGAAUGCUCUUGGGGGACUUGAUUUGUGGUUGUUGCCCUUGCGUUUUUCUGAUGAGAACAGUUUUGAGGAAUUCAUGUACUUGCAAAGAAAUCAGCCUAAUGACUACUAUAAAAAUGCAGUAAAAUAUCUACACCUAGCUCUCAACUCAACACCCUCUGCUUCAGCAGCAUUACUUCCUUUGAUACAGCUGUUGCUGAUUGGAGGUCAAGUCGAUGAGGCUCUAGAUAGGCUUGAGAAGCAAUGCAAUAAUUCAGCCUCUGUACUCCCAAUUAGAGUUAGGGCUGCUUUGUUGGAGCGUUUUGAUCGAAACAACUCUCCCUUGCUUCUUAGCUGUUUUGAGGAUAUAUUGAAGAAGGAUCCAACAAGUAGUGAUGCCAUAGCAAAACUUAUCAAGAUGCACCAAAAUGGUGACUAUAGUCUUGAAUCUCUGCUGGAAAUGAUUGCUUUACAUUUAGAUGCUUCAGAUGCAGAUAACAAUACAUGGAAGGUCUUCUCUUUAUGUUUCUUUAAACUGUCUCACUACGAAGAAGACUGCAUCUCUGCAUGCCCUAUUCAAAAAGAAGAUGGACAAAGAAGUCAACACUGUUCCAUUACCAAAACCCCUAAAAUAUUUACGGAUGGUAUAUCAGGAAAAUCUUGGAGGCUUCGCUGUAGGUGGUGGCUAACAAGACAUUUCAGCAAUAGCAAGCUUGAAUCAGAGAUUGAAGCUGGUGAUUUGCAGUUACUCGCGUACAAAGCAGCAUGUGCAUCGUAUAUGUAUGGGCAGGAGUUCAGCUAUGUCGCGAAGGCUUAUUCUCAUUUAGAAAAAGAAAAUGAUAAGGAGUUACUGUUGUUCUUGGAUGAGCAUAGGGGAAAUUCAUAUGGAAUUUAUCAAAAAUUUCAAAAGAAAUUUACAUAUAUAACAUAAUAAAUGUGAUAUGUUUAUU